GUUUAUGUACAAAACACAACACAAUGUCCCUUCAGAGAGCCCUUCUGUAACACAUCAAAACCUUUGAUCUUAUUGAAAAAUCUCAUUGUGGAUCAUCUUUCCUUGUUGCUAAUCAUCAUUAAUGUGAAGUGAAAUCAUCUCAAGGGAUCUACAUUCUGCUAAUCACCAGUUCUCUCGCUCAAGUGACAAUUUGACGCCUGGUGAAUAGUUAGAAUGUCACUGAAACUUGGAAAAGAGAAGGCCGAGCGCGUGCCAGGGAACAAUUAUAACUGCGCCACUCCUUUAACACCAAGGUCAAGAUUGGAAAGGCUUUUGAGGGAAAGAGAGCUAAGGAAAUCCUUCAGGAAAACUCAACAAACUGAGGAGGCAGAACAAGUUCAUGAAGAUUCAUGCAUAAGUGAGGAAGAAAUUCAUGAUGAAGAAGAGGCGGCGGAAACGGAAGCGGAAUCAAGAGCUUUUGCGGAUAGAAGCCAGAGGCAAGAUGAGAGGCCACACAAGCAACGAUUGUUGGUGGUAGCCAAUAGGUUGCCUGUCUCAGCUGUUAGGGAGGGUGUGGAUUCAUAUCACCUUGAGAUCAGUGUUGGAGGGCUAGUCAGUGCACUUUUAGGUGUAAAGGAGUUUGACACUAGGUGGAUCGGGUGGGCUGGUGUGAAUGUGCCUGAUGAAGUUGGGCAGAAGGCAUUGACUAAAGCUUUAGCUGAAAUGCGAUGCAUCCCGGUAUUUCUCGAUGAGGAGAUAGUGAAUCAGUACUACAAUGGUUACUGCAACAACAUCUUAUGGCCUCUACUUCAUUACCUCGGCCUUCCGCAAGAAGAUCGACUCGCAACAACCCGUAGUUUCCAAUCUCAAUUUGAUGCAUAUAAGAAGGCAAACCAAAUGUUUGCUGAUGUAGUGAAUCAGAAUUAUGAGGAAGGAGAUGUUGUUUGGAUCCAUGAUUACCACCUAAUGUUCCUCCCAAAAUGUUUAAAAGAGUACAAUGACAAGAUGAAAGUUGGCUGGUUUCUCCAUACUCCUUUCCCUUCUUCAGAAAUUCAUAGGACCCUGCCAUCCAGAUCAGAGUUGUUGAGAUCUGUACUCGCCGCUGAUUUGGUGGGAUUCCAUACUUACGAUUAUGCAAGGCAUUUUGUUAGUGCUUGUACUCGUAUACUUGGCCUUGAAGGUACACCUGAAGGAGUAGAAGAUCAAGGGAGGCUAACCCGUGUGGCUGCGUUUCCUAUUGGAAUUGACUCUCAAAGAUUUAUUCGAGCCCUUGAGCUCCCUGAAGUCCAGAAUCACAUGAAAGAACUGAAAGGAAGAUUUGCAGGCCGAAAGGUAAUGUUGGGUGUUGAUCGUCUUGAUAUGAUAAAAGGAAUUCCCCAAAAAAUCCUGGCAUUUGAGAAGUUCCUUGAGGAGAACUCAGAUUGGCGUGAUAAAGUCGUCUUGAUUCAAAUUGCAGUACCUACUAGGACAGAUUGCCCUGAAUAUCAAAAGCUUACCAGCCAGGUGCAUGAAAUUGUAGGACGCAUCAAUGGAAGAUUUGGAACACUCACUGCUGUCCCCAUACACCAUCUGGAUCGGUCACUUGACUUUCAUGCAUUAUGUGCCCUCUAUGCCGUUACUGAUGUAGCACUUGUUACAUCUUUGAGGGAUGGAAUGAAUCUUGUCAGCUAUGAAUUUGUUGCGUGUCAAGCUUCCAAGAAGGGAGUUCUCAUUUUAAGCGAGUUUGCAGGUGCAGCACAGUCUCUUGGUGCUGGUGCUAUCUUGGUAAAUCCAUGGAACAUCACAGAGGUUGCUGCUUCUAUUGGUUAUGCCUUGGACAUGCCAGCUGAUGAAAGAGAAAAACGGCAUCAGUUUAACUUCCAGCAUGUGACAACUCACACAUCACAAGAAUGGGCUGCAACUUUCGUGAGUGAACUAAAUGAUACCAUAGUGGAAGCUCAGCUUAGGACAAGACAAGUUCCUCCAUUACUUCCCAACGAAAUGGCAGUUGACUGUUUCUCCAAAUCCAAUAACAGAUUAAUCAUACUGGGUUUCAAUGCCACUUUGACUGAACCAGUAGAUGCACUUGGAAGUGGUGGUCAAAUUAGAGAAAUGGAACUUAAACUGCACCCAAAUCUGAAGGAGCCUCUAAAGAUAUUAUCUGAGGAUCCAAAGACAACAAUAGUUGUUCUGAGCGGGAGCGAUCGAUCUGUCUUGGACAAAAACUUCAGUGAAUACAAUAUGUGGUUAGCAGCAGAAAAUGGGAUGUUCCUGAGACUUACUUCAAGUGAAUGGAUGACAACCAUGCCUGAAAAUUUAAACAUGGAUUGGGUUGAUAGCGUUAAGCAUGUUUUCGAGUAUUUCACUGAAAGAACACCACGGUCUCAUUUUGAGGUUCGCGAGACUUCAGUUUUAUGGAACUACAAGUAUGCAGAUGUUGAGUUUGGAAGGCUUCAAGCAAGAGAUCUGCUUCAGCAUCUUAUGACAGGUCCAAUAUCAAAUGCAUCACUUGACGUUGUCCAAGGUGGUCGAUCAGUUGAGGUCAGGGCAGUUGGUGUGUCAAAGGGAGCAGCUAUUGACCGUAUCCUGGGUGAGAUAGUUCAUCACAAAGGGAUGAAUGCACCAAUUGAUUAUGUUCUAUGCAUUGGGCACUUUCUGGCAAAGGAUGAAGAUGUUUACAAAUUUUUUGAGCCAGAGCUUCCAUCUGAAGCAUCUCCCUUAGCAAGAGCUAUGCUAUCCAAUAUCUACAGGCCUUCAACUCUGCCAAAAAUUUCAACCAGCAAAAUCGGGUCAAAAGCAUCUCGCUAUAAGAAACAACGUUCAUUGUCAAAUAUAGAAAAGAGAGAAAUUGAUCGAGCAAGUGGUGAUCCGGGGAGACCAACAAGUAGGGAUAGAAUAUCACUGAAUGAGGGUUCUUCAGUGCUUGAUCUUAAAGGUGAUAAUUACUUCUCUUGUGCGGUUUCACGGAAGAGAUCAACCGCACGCUACCUUCUUAAAACCUCAGAUGAUGUUGUCAAUCUCUUGAGUGACCUGGCGGAUCAUUCUUCAUCACCAUCAACUUGUGACUGAUACACCUUUCUUUCUUGUUAAUCAUGUGAAGGUUCUAUAACAUUUUCUUUGUGAUUGACUAUUGAUAUCACUUAAUUCUGCCAUUGCUAGGCAUAAUCUAGGAUGCAGUAGCCUUAACAAUUGCAAUAUCCUAUGUGACUGCAAACUGGCAGCAUAUUUCUAGGGUGGCCGCAUGUGCUAUAUAGAAUU